GCCAAGCAACCAGAAUGCUCAAACAAACGCAACGACCGAGGUCAGUGACCAACGCACUCAACCUCUUGUUCAGGACGUACCGCAACUCUAGUACAGGCCCCACCUCCCGCCAAGAAGGCUCGCACAAGCAAAGCUCUUCCAGAGGGAUUCGAAAAGCCAAAGUCGAAGCCAGCAUAUAAGCCACAGAUUUCCCCGCGGUUCACCUCCGCAUUUGAAGCUUCGUCGUCGAAGCCGAACUCGGUGCAGCGACCUUCGCACAAGCCACAGUCCCGUUCCAAGGUAGAGAGCCCAAUAUUCAAUUCGGCGUUCGACAAUGCAGGCAACUCGCCACGCCUGAAUCAGGGAGAAGCAAGCUCGCGAUCCAAGCCUACAUCACGUUCCAAGCAGAGCCGCCCGGUAACCCCAACAACAGAUGGCUUUCCAGCUGUUCAGCCAGCCCCUGAGCGCCCCUCCUCGCCAUCCAGAGGUCAGAGGCAGCUUAAACACCCAGUUUUUGCUCAUCCAAAGCCUCUGCGAGAGAAGCCCAAAUCGUCCUCGUCCUCAUCGAAACCGCAGAAGCCUCUAAACCCAAUGCACGCCUUCCACCUCCCCCACCGCCAAGACCCACAGACUGAACCCGCACUAGACAAGCCCGUCUCCGUCAUGCGCCGCGCGCCGCCCCCCAUGCCCGUAGCGCCUAGCACCAAACCCGAGGUCGCAAUGAAGCAGCUCCACCCUCCCGCCAUGCCCGGAGCCGCGCCAGCGUCGCCGCCGCGCAACAUGAAGACGAUCAUGUCGACGCGCGUCGCGCAGAUCACGGACCCGACCAAGGACGGCGGCGCCGCGGAGGUGCUCUCGCUCUUCCUCCAGCAGCACGGACACAGCUUCAUGUCCAGCGCCGACCGCGAGCUGCAGCGCGGGGUGAUGGUCAGCCCAGACAAGCGCUCCAAAGGCGGCAAGGAGCCCAAGUUCAUAAGAGGAGGCCUAGCCGAACGCGCGCAGCACGUUAUAUCAGGAACACAGACAAACUACACCCUCUGGCGCCGCCAGAUGGAGCAGAAGCUCGAGUCCGGGUCCACAGCGCGCCUCUCACCCGACGUCCGAUUCAAAGUCCUCAAAGUCCUGCAUAUCCUUCGCUCGCAGGACAAACCCGGCGCCAGGGCCCCCCGGGCGCAUCCAGCGUCGUCGUCAGCGCCGCGGUGCGGCCUCGCGCUGUGUGUCCUCGUGGGCCGCCCCAAGCUAAAGUUCAACGUGGGCGAGCUGGCGGACGGACAGACCUACCUCGUCUUGCUUCCCUUCUCUCCCUCCUCCUCCGCGGUCGUUGGAGCGGCGGAGCAUCUGCAGGAAGAGAGCGAGAUCAUGGCCUGGAUGCCGUGGCAGAGUGCCGAGCUCGAAGAGGGAGCGGCGCUCACGCGCGCGCCUGUGCUGUCAGACGGCGAAACGCCGGAGGAUUUCUCGAGGAAGGUGCUCGUCGUUUCGCGGUUCCAUCUGCUCCCCAAGGAGUAGAAAGCGUCUGAUGCCCGUGAGGACGCUAUUACCUAUCAGCUGCAUUGCAAUCAAUCUUGCUCUGGUCCCACACGUCGAGGUGCUGCCUUAAGCAGAAGAAACUAGCUCGCGAAUGAACCCAUCAUCCAC